AUGCUCCAAGCCAACCUCAACCACUCGGCCAGGGCGCAGGACUUCUUUAUCCACUGCCUGGCCGAGUUAGGUGUGGGGUUGGCGGUCGCCGCGGAGCCAUACCGCGUCGCCGACCGCCCGAACUGGGUGGCCGACGCGUUGGGCUCCGUGGUGAUAGUGGGCAGCGACACCGCGGCCCUCCGCGUGUUCGCCCGCGGCGACGGGUUCGUCGGGACGGAGUGCGGCGGCCUGGGCCUGAUCGGGGUCUACGCCCCUCCGAGUGCCCCACUCGCGGCGUUCGAGUGGCUGCUGGACGGGAUACGGGACGCAUUGUCCCGCUCUCCAGUAGCCCGAACGCUCGUGCUGGGCGACUUCAACGCCAAGUCCACGGCGUGGGGUGGCCCGGCAACGGACGCGAGGGGUCGGGCGGUGCUGAAGUGGGCGGCGAGCGCGGACCUCCGGCUGCUUAACCGGGGGUCCGUGAGCACGUGCGUGCGGUGGCAGGGCGAGUCGAUCGUCGACUUGUCGUGGGCGACGCCUGCCGCCUCGCGUCUCGUGUCGGGAUGGGGGGUAGCGGAGGAGGUGGAGUCCCUUAGUGACCACCUCUACAUCCUUAUGGAUGUCUCCGCUGCCCCUCAGUACCAUCCUGCUCGCGGACCCGCGACGGGCCGACCGCCGCGCAGAUGGGCGCUGAAGCGCUUGGAGAAGGACGCCCUGAUGGCGGCCGCCCUCGCCGCGUCCUGGCCGGAUGCCCCGGCUGGACCGCUCGCGGACGUCGAUCGGGAAGCUGACUAG